AUUUUGAAGCGAACCGCUUUGCGUUAUCUGUUCGCUCGAGAAUCUAGAUUAUUAGCGUUAGGAAAAAAGCCUGUGAAUAAGAAAAUCGCUAAUUAUAUAAAAAGCCAUCAGGAAAAUAACGUGUGGAGUAGUUUUAUGGACUCGCUGAACGAAGAUUUGACGAGGAACAUCAACGUGUAUGAAUGGCGAGUGGUGGAGGAGCAUAAGAGUGUUGCCAGGAGAGUGAGAUUGAAUUCUACUUCGAGGGAAAUUCUUGUGCAUUACGAUAUGGGUUUUUGGGGCGGCAGAAUGACAGAGGCACCGGUUGUUCGGGUGGAGCAUGGUGAGCUGCAGGGCAAAGUAGUGGAGACUCCAAAUGGAAAGAGCUUCUACAGCUUCCAGGGGAUCCCUUACGCUAAGCCACCGCUAGGGACGCUGCGGUUCCAGGCCCCUCAACCCCUUGAGCCAUGGGACGGCGUCCGUGACGCCACUUCAGAAGGAAACAUCAGCGCACAAAUCAGAUUCGACUCCGACAUGUAUGAGGGAGAUGAAAACUGUCUCUAUCUCAACGUCUACACGCCCAGCAUAGACGGGGAAUUCCUUCCAGUAAUGGUCUACAUCCACGGAGGAGGUUUACAAUUCGGUUCGGGCAGUGCUAGCUCAAGGGGGGCAGAUUACCUCGUCGAAAAAGAUGUGGUCGUUGUAACUAUCAACUACAGAUGCGGAGCGUUAGGUUUCCUCAGCUUAAACACUCCCGAAAUCCCUGGAAAUGCUGGCUUGAAGGACAUGAUCGCAGCGUUACGUUGGGUUAAGGAGAAUAUUAAUAAUUUCGGCGGUAAUUCCGGGAAUAUAACGCUUUUCGGCGAAAGCGCUGGUGGUGCUUCUGUGUCCGUUCUCACAGCUAGCCCUUUAAGCAAAGAUUUGAUCAGCAAAGCUAUUAUUCAGUCUGGGAAUGGGCUUUCGAGUUGGGCUUGGCAGAAACAACCCUUGGAAAACGCAAAGAAGCUCGCGCAUUUACUAGGCUGUGAAUCAGAUGAGGCUGAUGACAUCUUAGAAUUCUUAAGAGCGACCCCAGCUAAAGAAAUCGUUGAGGCGACUAGAAAACUGUUUCCAUCUGAAAUGAUAUUUGAAACGGGAGUAUUAGGCUUCACUUUUGUCGUUGAAAAAGAAUUCCCCGGUGUAGAAGCAGCCAUAACAGAGUCGUUCACAGAUCUGUUAACUUCUGGUCGCGUCGCAGAAAUCCCUGUAAUGAUUGGGUCGACAACAUUGGAAUUUUUGCGUAAAGUCGACACCGAUGACUUGCAAGUCUUUAUUCCUAACGAAUUAAACGUGCAGAGGAAUUCUGAAGAAGCUUUAGAGAUAUCCAAUAAAUUCAAAAGUCUAUAUUUCAAAGGGAAUCAUACAGCCAUCGAGAAUUUAAAUGGGUAUUUCGAGUUGAUUUCCGAUAAACUUAUUACCGUCGACACGCAUAGAUAUGUCCAGUAUUUAGUGCAUGCGACUACUAAGCCUGUGUACUAUUACAAGUUUGAUUACGUGGGGGAAUUGAAUAAUUCUAAGAAGCUGGUAGAUUCUUUGGAUGUGCACCACGCGGGUCAUGCUGACGAAUUGGGGUAUCUCUUCAAGAGCGAUUCUUUGGAGGCAGUGGAAGCGACGCCUCAGGAUAUUAAGAUGAGAGAGAGAAUGCUGAGACUUUGGACCAACUUCGCCAAGUCUGGCAACCCAACCCCAGACGAGAAUCACUACAUCACGGUAACCUGGCAUCCCGUAACCAAGGACAACCUCUACUAUCUAAACCUGAGCAACGAGUUAUCCCUCAAUACGAACCCGGAUAAGGAGCGUAUGGCCCUGUGGGAUGAGCUCUAUAAUAGGCACUUUAAGAUCUGGGAACAUCCUCAGGUUAAUAAAGAGGAAACGCCUGUUAAAGCGAAAGAGCCAGUUGUUAUCGAACCAGAAAUCGUGCCGGAACCAGUAACCACUUCAGAACCGGUAACUAACUCAGAAUCGGUAACCGCUUCAGAAUCGGUAACCAUACCAGAACCGGUAACCAGCCACGUAGAAGAAACUACCCAAGAACCCACUCCGGAAGAAUCAACAGUAGUUGAACAACCACAAGUAGUUGAAUCACCACCAGUAGUUGAACCACCACCAGUAGUUGAAUCUACACCAGUAGAACAACUAGACACAACCCCUCAACAUAACGGUGUAAACGGAACCAACGGUGACAUAGAACGGAAACCGAGACCAUCUAACGAGAUCAAAAUGGUCCAAAACGGGAACGGGGUACCCAAAGACGUCAUCCGAGCCAACGAUCCGCCUGAAGACGAUUUGCCUAAAAAUAUUGGGGUUAAUAAAUUUGUGAACUUCUUUGAAUCGCUCGGUGGUAAGAAGUGAGAUGCCAUUUUGUAUUAUUACUUGUAGACAACUCUACUGAGAGCGUAUUGGCGCAAUUUCAUUAGUCGAAAGGGCCCGCAUUCGGGGAAACGUUUUCAUUAGUCGAUAGGAUCCGCAUUCGGGGUACGAGAGAUUUCUGGAACGCGUGCCACAGGGCCCGCAUUCGGGGAAACAUUUUCAUUAGUCGAUAGGGUCCGCAUUCGGGGUACGAGAGAUUUCUGGAACGCGUGCCACAGGGCCCGCAUUCGGGGAAACAUUUUCAUUAGUCGAAAGAAGUCCGCAUUCGGGGUGCGAGAUAUUUCUGGAACGCGUGCCACGGGGUCCGCAUUCGGGAUGCGGGAGAUUUCUGGAACGCGUGCCACAGGGCCCGCAUUCGGGGAAAUUAAAUAGUAAUAGUAACUUUCAUCGGUUGUUAUUUCGCCUGAGGGGAGUCCCCGUAUGCUCCAAAACGACCAAUAUCUCGCCUGCUGGGACUCCCCGUAUGCUGUAUACCGAACAAAUUAUCGGCUAAUGAUUGUGGCAGUCAAGCACACAGCGUACGAGGCCAUAGAGCGCCAUCUACCUAGCAGUAAAAUUGUUUACGCUUCUCAGUAGUUGUCUACGGUUUUUAUUAUAGGUUGUGUAUUUAUUGGCUUGGAUAAUUGUAAUUUAAUUUUGUAUAAGAUUGUUUGAGGCAAUCGUUUCUGGUCGAUUUGAAAUAAGUAAACAUUCCAGUAAUUUAUUUCUUUUAAAAUCAUAUUGAAUGUACAGUCAGUAGCAAAAGUGAUAGGUAAUGUAAUAAGUUUAGACAUUAUUACUAGAGAAUAACCUAACCACAACAUUAAAAUUUUGAACUACUAGCUUCUGCUGGUCACUAUAAACUUCCAAACCCCCCCCCCCAUUUCAGGAAAGUGGGGGAUUAGAAAGAGACAAAAAGUAAUAUAAAAAUAUUACCUAUUUCAUUUUUUUUUUCUACUUGUGCUAUUGACUGUGCUUAUAAGAAAUCCUAUUUUUGAACAUUCUGAAACUUUUGGAAACUAGUCUUUUAGUUACGUGGUUGUCUAUUAGAAUUAUUUAUUAAUAAGAAUACGCCAUAUAAAUUUGAAUUAUUAUAAUUAUGACCAUUCAAAAUAAUUAUUUACAUUUGUUAAAACCUGACCAGAAAUAUACUACGCGCCAUUUUGCGGAAUAUCAUUAGAACUAUUUUUUUCAUACUAAACUGAACUGUCACCCUAAUAUCAGAAUAACAGCGCGACGACAACAACGUACAAAGUGCAAUCUGCUAUGUAGCAGAUAGCACCUUGUACGUUGGUGGGUAAGGUGCAAUUAAAAAAAAAUUGCAGAUUGUACCCUAUACGUUGUUGUCGUCGCGCCCUCUGGGCAAUAUUUCUGGCUAGGCUUUAUCAGCUUGGAUUACAUAUACAUAUAACAGAUACACCAUUCUAAGCUGAAAUCUAAACUUAUAUUUCUAUCAUUAUACUUAUAUUAAUUCUUACCAUUUUGUCAAAUCUCAAAUCUAUAUUAUUACCUCUACUAUUCAGAAUCCUAUUUUAUUUUUUAUUUGAGUGGUGUACCUUAAAAUGGUAUUUAAGUAAAAUAACGUUUUUAUCAAUUUUCUUAUUGAAAUAAAUAUUAUUGAAGGUAUAUUAUUGAAGGUAUUCUUCAUCACAUUCCAAAUUAUUAUUUUUAUGUAUGUUGUACAUGUGCUAAUAAUCAGUGUUGACUUUAU